ACGAUGCGCGAGUACAAAGUGGUGGUGCUGGGCUCGGGCGGGGUAGGCAAAUCCGCCCUGACCGUGCAGUUCGUGACCGGCACCUUCAUCGAGAAAUACGACCCCACGAUCGAGGACUUCUACCGCAAGGAGAUCGAGGUGGACUCGUCGCCGUCGGUGCUGGAGAUCCUGGACACCGCGGGCACCGAGCAGUUCGCGUCCAUGCGGGACCUGUACAUCAAAAACGGCCAGGGCUUCAUCCUCGUGUACAGCCUGGUCAACCAGCAGAGCUUCCAGGACAUCAAGCCCAUGCGGGACCAGAUCAUCCGAGUGAAGCGGUAUGAGAAAGUGCCAGUCAUCUUGGUUGGGAAUAAAGUGGACCUGGAGAGUGAGAGAGAAGUGUCCUCCAAUGAAGGCCGAGCCCUUGCGGAAGAAUGGGGCUGCCCCUUUAUGGAGACUUCUGCCAAGAGUAAAACAAUGGUGGACGAACUCUUUGCAGAAAUCGUGAGGCAGAUGAACUAUGCUGCUCAGCCUGACAAAGAUGAUCCAUGCUGUUCUGCCUGUAACAUACAAUAGCAUCCAACUCUGGCUGUCCUGGUCAGGAUUUGCCCGGUAUCGUAGGCGAUAGAAACUUCGUCUACUCCAUCACAGAGUUGGCAGGAUGCAUAGUGUGAAUCUCCAGUGCACUGCAGCUCUAUUCACAAACGAGCAGUGACUGUCAGCCGAUGUCUCUGAGUACAUUUGGGUUCAGUACCUACAGUUUUCACCAUCGUCCUCAGUCUCCUUUGUGCAUCUGCAACUUGAAGGCAUAGCCCAUCCAUCUACAGGGUGAUCUAGUUUGAAAACGUUGACGGCGUUGUCGCCGAGUUGACAGAAGCACCUGUUGUAUAAAUUUAAAAUAAUUAUGAGGGAGAAAACAGAAGAAUUC